AUGGCGCCUCAAGCCAUCAUCGCCCCAUCAAUUCUAUCCGCAGACUUCGGCGCUUUGGGCAAAGCAUGUUCCGACACAAUCUCGCAUGGCGCCGACUGGCUGCACGUGGACAUCAUGGACGGCCAUUUCGUGCCCAAUAUCACUUUUGGCGCCCCGGUCGUCACCAUGAUUCGCAGCCACGUGGAUCGGCCGAAAGAAGUGUAUGGCAAGGGCACUUUCGAUUGCCACAUGAUGAUUAGUGAGCCGAAGAAAUGGGUCAAGGAUUUUCAGAAAGCUGGUUGCGAUCUAUACUGUUUCCAUUACGAAGCUGCCAUUGAUUCCACUGCCGCCGAGUCACCGGAAACGCACACGGAUCGGAAGACUAAUCCCAAAGAACUCAUUAAGUUCAUUCAUGACCAAGGCAUGCGAGCCGGUAUCGCCAUCAAACCCGGCACAGACGUCAAAGUAUUGUACGACAUCUUCGACAAUGGCAAUAAAGAUGAAGUGCCAGAGAUGGCGCUCGUAAUGACAGUGGAGCCGGGGUUCGGCGGGCAAAAGUUCAUGCCCGACAUGAUGCCCAAAGUCGAAGCGCUUCGGAAGCGCUACCCGGAACUCAACAUCGAAGUUGACGGCGGGCUAUCAGAGAAGACAAUUGAUGUCGCUGCAGACGCCGGCGCCAAUGUGAUUGUGGCUGGCAGCGCUGUUUUUGGCGCUCAAGAUCCGGCUCAGGUGAUUGCGAAGCUGAGAGAGGCGGUGGAGAAGAGACGGUGA